AUGGAUAAAUGGACACCACAACAUUGUCCUUGCACAACCUCCACCCUGUUUGUUUAUUGUUGUGACAACGCCGGCAGAUCUUUGCUGUCCAGGGAAUCUCUGGCCUCCACCACUCUCAGUAUUCCGGACACCCAGUCCAUCCGCAGUGGCAGGCACGAUUGGCAGCAUGGUUACCGCGUCCUUCCCCCUCUGGGCUCUCAAGCAUGCUCUCAUCCCAUUGGGGAGGAAGACGAUGGCCCAGAGACGCUGGCCCUGCCGCCUGGCACUGCCAUGUCUGGGGCCACCAGCAUCUCCAACCCGACGUCCCUGCCCGCAUAUCUCUUCAGUGGGGUUGGCGGCGGUGGUGGAGGAGGUGGGGGUGAUGCCAAUAGCCCUCGUGUUGCCGGGCGUUGCAAAAAGAGGGCGCUGUCUGUGUCGCCUCUGUCCGACAGCAUCGGGAUCGACCUGAACUCCAUCAUCCGCACCUCUCCCACCUCCCUGGUGGCGUAUAUCAACGGCACCCAGAACUCGCCCAUGUCACCCCUCCAACAGCAGCCGCAGCAACAGGCUGAGGUGUGCGGCCACUUCCUGGGCAUCAGGGGCAGCUGCAUCCCCCCCAGCCCUGGUAGAGUCAGUGCCACGCUGGCAGUCGCCGUCACCACCACAGACAACACCCACCGCCAUCACCACCAUCGUGACCCUUUGACUGAGUGUGCUCGCAUGCAGAAGUUGGAGCAGACAUGCACCUCCCUGGAGGGCCAGUUGGCAAACAUGGUGGUCGGUCCACAGCAGCAGCAGCAGCUGCCCAUUGGGCUGCCCCGUGUCUCAAUGGAGCGGGAAGUGAAUGGGCAGAGCAGCGCCCGCCUGCAGCGCCAGCCGUUACAGCUCCAGCUGGAGCUGGCUACUGCUAUCAGUGCUCCAACACCUCCACGGGGCCCACCUCCACCCUACCACGGCAACCACAAGCACCUUCCUGUCCUUCCCGGCCACCCUCAGAAGCCAGAGCCCCCCCUGGUCACACCUGGCGAGGAUACCUUGGUACUACUAAGCCCCAGCAGCCUUCCCAAGCCCCCGUGCUCCGUAGUGGAGGACGAGGACGGGGAGGUGGAGGACUGCAGCGGGGGCCACUGCUGCCGCUGGGUGGACUGCAACAGCGCCCUCUACAGCCAGCGGGAAGAACUGGUGAAGCACAUCGAGAAGCUCCACGUGGACCAGUGCAAAGGCGAGAACUUCACCUGCUACUGGGCGGGGUGCCCGCGCAGGCAGAAGCCCUUCAACGCGCGCUACAAGCUGCUCAUCCACAUGAGAGUUCACUCCGGGGAGAAGCCCAACAAGUGCACGUUUGAGGGCUGCAAUAAGGCCUUCUCCCGGCUGGAGAACCUGAAGAUCCACCUGCGGAGCCACACGGGGGAGAAGCCGUAUGUCUGCCAGCACCCCGACUGCCACAAGGCCUUCAGCAACUCCAGCGACCGCGCCAAACACCAACGCACUCACCUCGACACCAAGCCAUACGCAUGCCAGAUGCAGGGCUGUCUCAAACGGUACACUGACCCCAGUUCUCUACGCAAGCAUGUCAAGUCUCACUCCACCAAGGACCAGCAGGCCAGGAAAAAGUUAAGACAGAGCACAGACUUGGGUCAGGAUUCGUUGUCGGGGUGCUUGACUAUCCAGCCUCUACAAACCUGCCUCUCUCCCAUGGACAUGAUUGACAGCAGAUUGGGCCAAUCACCUGAGCCGCCAGAUGACUUGUACUUGGGUGUGUUCUCAUCGAACCAGUCCGGCAACAAGGCAUCUGCUCAGCAGCCUCACCCAGCCCAGAGUAGCCCUCCACUGCCCGGCUCUGCCCUGUCCCCCCUGGCGGAUACCUGCAGAUUCGCCGCUGCCCCACCGCAUCCGUUGACAGCCUCGCACCUUUUACCCACCCCCCACGCUCCUCCCCCCAGCAUCUCUGUUGCCCUGCAGAGGACCCCUCGAACUCGGCCUCACUUCGCACCUCCUGACACCCGCCUACAAGGCUUCUCUGAGCACGUCCGUAUGGCAUGCCCUCCGCCAUACGAUGACUCACCCCAGACCGCAGGGCCGACCCUGGCCUGCCCCACCGUGCAGGCUCCAGCCUUCGAGGGAGCCCUGCAGUCCGCCCCCACCGACCCCCUGUCCGAUCUGGACUUGGUGCACAGGGCGCUGUCAGGGAUCACGGUGUACGACAUCCAAGGGGAGUCACAUGACUUCCUUCUCCAUCCCGAGUUGCAGCCUGGAUCAGAUGGCAGCUACCUGCACAUAGGUGGAAUGGAGCGCUGUCCCAGCCAGCUGUCCUGCAUCUAGAGAGAAGGAUGGAUGACCUUCCACCCCCCCACAGCCAUACUUCCAUCUCCAGCCUGAUCAGCAAUAAGGCCUUUUCACUGUGACAUCAGACAAGUUUUGAAGCGAAGCACGAUACACGAGGACCAAGUUGCGGCUGAAAAUUGUGACGUCUGUAUAUUAUGUCUAUGCCACGUGAAAAGGGUCUGUGAGACAGUGCACUAUCACUGAACAUUCACCACGAUUGCCUUAAGUCAUUUUCAUUAUAAUUUUGUUAUAAUAGUAUUAUUAUGAUUUUAUAUGUGGAGGCCUUAUAACAGAUGUGACUGUGUGGCACUGCUUCCUUUUGCGUUGAUUCAAUGGAAUCAUUAUUCAUUGUUUGACUACACUGAUAACACACCAUAUAAACAAUGGAAAUUAUGAAGUAUAAAUUGCACAUUAUACUGUAUAGCAUUUUUAUUCACAGGGCUGAGAUUCAGUGAGACCUAUUUCACAGUGCCGCACUUAAACAUUUUCCUUAAUAAUCUCACUCAAAUAAGCUUUUGAAUUUCCACGCUCUUUUUGAUCACUGUUGUACUAGGCUAUAGAAAGCCAUAAUCGCGCAAGUUAUUUUGAUGUUACUAAAGGAUCCCUGUGAGAUGGAAAUAGGAGAAACGGUGUAUACUAAUGUCAGGUGUCUCUAGAGACAUUUUCUUGUUUGGCAAAACCAAAGCAUUUAUUCUAGCUGUCUGUCACUGGCUAUUUCUAAUUCUGCAUUGGGGUUAUUU